AUGACGAUGAAUAUGAAGGUGAUCGUAUAUUCAGCUAUUGGUAUAAGUAUAUUCGCUGUGCUAACAACCGUUGUUACGAUUGGUAUUGCUUUUCAAAAUAUGAACGCUUUAUGUGAAUAUGUUAUGGAUGAAAUGGGCGAUUUCAAGAAAGUUGCUGAUGAUACAUGGAACAAAAUUUUAUAUAUCAAAUCCGGUCCUCUUAAAAGGUACCAAAUUCAGGAAAAAUUACAUGGAAUUAUCGAAAGACACCACCGCGAAGCAAAUAAAUGUCAUUGUAAGCCAAAAAGAAAAAAAUGCACCCCUGGUCCUCCUGGACCACCGGGGAAUACAGGAAAGCCCGGUGCAGAUGGUGUUGAUGGCGAAGAUGGUAAACCAGGUGCACCAGGAGUUGCAUUACUGGCAACAUAUCAUUUUCCAAGCGGAUGCAUUGAAUGUCCAGCUGGACCUCCGGGACUGAAAGGACCAAGGGGUCGCAUAGGAGAAAUCGGACCACCCGGAAAAGUCGGACCUGUUGGCAACAAAGGAAAAGAAGGAAAAGCUGGACCAACUGGGAAACAAGGGAUGACAGGAAAAGUAGGCCAUGCUGGGCCACCUGGCAGGCCAGGCGUACCAGGGUUAGAUGGCAAAAAAGGACGUGGAAGACCAGGUCCUAAAGGGGCUCCAGGACCACUCGGACUUCCUGGACCGAAGGGAUUUGAUGGUAAACCAGGGCUUGUUGGUGAAAAAGGAAGGCAAGGGCAACCUGGACGACGAGGAAAAGAUGGAAUCCCCGGGAAAAAUGGACGACAAGGAAAAAUGGGCGCUAAGGGCAUACCGGGACCAGAUGCAUACUACUGCCCGUGCCCUUCAUACGGAAAAUGA